UGUCGUUCAGUCUAAUCAUUACUUCAGAGUUGGAAAGGUGUUUUCGGUUCUAUGGCAUGAGAAUGAUGGACGUGGAAAGCCCGGGACUUACUUGAGCACUACACAAUUUAUGGGUAAAUUUGGAGAGCCCAUCUACAGUACAAUCCGACGGAUGGUGGUCGUCAAGGUAUUCAGUGACUGUUCCUGGUGCUUCCCGAUAAGCACCUAUGGUGGACAGGGUGUUGCUAAAUCUGGAGUCAAUCCAUCGAAACAUGCUAUGGUUUACAUGACUCAUACACGCCCAACCCGGAGCGUCCACGAGCCGGAAAUGACCAAGGAGCCUUUAGAGGUGUCUCCAGCUCGGUAUGAUGAAAGGCUGGAUGAGAUGUCAAGACUCAAUUUCGGCAAAAUCUACACGGUCGAGCACAAUGUGAAGGUGCUGCCAAUCGGAGAAAUCGCCUCACGAUCCAUGAGCAAAUUCCUCAAUUAUGCAAGGCCCGAACUCGCUAUUUAGUAGGCCCAAGUGAAAUCCGGCUCACCUGGGCUCACUUCUCAAGAAGCUAAAUAUUUCGUUCUUUUGGAUACGACAACCCAUUCAUGAUACUUCCCUUAUGUCUCUCCGCAAUACGUGUUUGACGAAACAACCCUAAUAUG